GUUCAACGCUGUAGCUGAGAAGGCUUGAGUGUUUGUUGCUACUGCUGUGUGCUGUGAAGGGAGUUCAGGCGAGCUCUGAACCCGCGAUAUGGAUGCAUUGACCUAUGAUGAUGUGCAUAUAUACUUCACUCGGGAGGAGUGGUCCUUGCUGAAUCCAUCUCAGAGGAAUCUUUACAAAGAUGUGAUGCUGGACACAUACAGGAACCUCAUGGUUAUAGGAUACAAUUGGGAAGACCUUAAGAUUGAAGGACAUUUUCGAAGUGAUAAAAGAUAUGAAAGGCAUGAAGGAAGCCCUGCUGGAAAGAAACUCUAUGAAUAUGCACAAUGUGAUAAAGCCUUCACAUAUCACAGUCAUCUUCAAAACCAUGAAAGAAUUCAAACUCAAGAGAAACCCUCUGAAAGCUUUCAACAUAAUGAAGCCCUCGCAUGUCAUAGUAGUCUCCAAAUACAUAAAAGACCAGAUACUGGAGAGAAACCCUACAAAUGUAAUCAAUGUGAUAAAGCCUUUUCACAACACUGUCAUCUUCGAAUACAUGAGAGAACACAUACUGGAGAGAAACCCUAUGAAUGUAAUCAGUGUGGUAAAGCCUUUGCAUAUCAGUGUACUUUGCGCUUGCAUAAAAGAACACAUACUAGAGAAAAACCUUAUGAAUGUAAUCAGUGUGGUAAAGUCUUUGCACAAAGCAGUUAUCUUCAAAUACAUAAAGUAAUCCAUACUGGAGAGAAACCCUACAAAUGUAAUCAAUGUGAUAAAGCCUAUUCACAACAGAGUCAUCUCCAAAUACAUAAAAGAACACAUACCGGAGAGAAACCUUACAAAUGUAGUCAGUGUAGUAAAUCAUUUGUAUCUCAAAGUCAUCUUCAAACUCAUAAAAGAAUUCAUACUGGAGAGAAACCUUACAAGUGUAAUCAGUGUGAUAAAGCCUUUUCACAACACCCUAGUCUCCAAGUGCAUAAAAGAACACACACUGGAGAGAAACCUUACAAAUGCAAUAAUUGCGAUAAAGCCUUUUCACAAAACAGUAGCCUCCAAAUGCAUAAAAGAACACAUACUGGAGAGAAACCUUAUGAAUGUGGUCAGUGUGGUAAAGCUUUUGCACAUCACAGUACUCUCCAAACCCAUAAAAGGCAUCAUACUGGAGAGAAGCCCUACGAAUGUAAUCACUGUGGUGAAGUCUUUGCAUAUCACAGUAGUCUCUGGAGGCAUAAAAGGAAUCAUCUGGGAGAGGAACCCUAUGAAUGUAAGCAGUGAUGUAAAGCCUUUGCACAUUACAGUACUCUCCAGUACCAUAACAACAAUCAUACCAAAGAAACUCUAUGAAUGUAAUCAUUGUGGUGAAGCCUUUGAAAAUCACAAUAGUCCCUGGAAACAAAAGGAAUCAUCUGGGAGAGGAACCCUAUGAAGGUCUUUAACAUGCAAGGUCUUUGCAAAUUUCUGUGGUCUUCAUCAUCAUGAAAGUAUUCAUACUGCAGAGGAAACCAUACCAAUGGAAGAAAUGUGGUAAGGCUUUUACACAUCAUAGUUAUCUCUUAAUGUAGAAAAGAACAGAUAUUAGAAAUUAUUAUUAGGGGGGCUAGAGAGAUGGCUCAGCAGGUAAGAGCAAUGACUGCUCUUGCGAAGGUCCUGAGUUCAGAUCCCAGCAACCACAUGGUGGCUCACAACCAUCUGUAAUGAGAUCUUCUGGAGUGUCUGAAGACAGCUACAGUAUACUACUAAUAAUAAAUAACUCUUUAGCCUAGAGGGAGCUGGGACGACUGGAGUGAGCAGAAGUCCUGUUUCAAAAUCCCAGCUACCACAGGAUGGCUCACAACCAUCAGUACAGCUACAGUGUACUCACAUAUAAAACAAAUAAAUAAAUACAUCUUUUAAAUAUGGAAUAUGACAGACCUCUGCAUGCAGGUUCUCUGCAGAAUAAGUGCUCUUUGCUGUUGUGUGUGACUUGAGUCUGGGGUACCACAUUCUUCAUGAGUCAUGGACACUUACAGUGAUAAAGCCUUUAAACAAUACAGUUAUAUCUGGAUGCAUAAAAUAGACAUACAGGAGAGAAGCCCCGUGAAUGUAAUCAGUGGGGUAAAGCCUUUAUAUAACAUCAUCAUUUUUGAAGACAUUAAGAGAAACCCAAUUACUAUAAUGAAAUUCUAUGAAUUAAAUGAAAUUCAUGAAGGAAAUUCUAUGUAAUAAAUGUGGUAAAGUUUUUGCAUAUCACAGUCAUCUUCAAAGCCAUGAAAGAAUUCAUACUGGAGAGAAACACUAUGAAGGAUUCAAUAUGGUGAAACCUUUGCACAUCCCAGUUAUGACUGAAUACAGAAAAGAACAGAUACUGGACAGUAAAGUUUUUUGUGUGGUAAAGCCUUUGAAGAUCACAGUCAUUUUCGAAUAUAUAAGAGAACAUAUAGUGGAGAGAAAGCCUACAAAUGUAAUCAGUGUGGUAAAGCCUUUAAACAUCACAGUCAUCUUCAAAGGCAUGAAAAAAAAAUCACGCUGGAGAGAAACUCUAUGCAUGUCUCUAAUAUGUUGAAGCCUUUGCACAUUUCUGUAAUCAUCAGCAUGAUGGUAUUCAUAGUGGAGAGAAACCCUGUGAAUGCAAGCAAUGUGGCAAGCCCUUUGCACAUGAUAGCUAUCACUGAAUGCAAAACACAGACUGUAGAGAAACCUUACUAAAGGACCAACUGACUGUGAUAAAGGCCUGGCACAUCGCAGUAGUCUCGAAAAACCAAAAAACCAAAACCAGUAGUCAUCAAAACCUUGCACAUCGCAGUAGUCUCAUUCUGGAGAGAAACCCUAUGAAUGGAAUCAGUGUGAUAAAGCCUUUGCACACAGCAGCAGUUUUUCAUGAGAGAAAAAUCAUUGCAGAGAAGCCCUAUAAAUGUGCUUAAGUGUGUUUUACAUUUCA